AUUUUCAGGCGGAAGGGUGGACCGGCCUGCUCGCAUUCCUGCGGAGGAUUUGACCUCUGACCUGGUUGUUGCAUUCCAGAGUGGCUCGUCCUGCAGCAGCACCACAGCUAGCCCUGCAGUCAGCGACACGAUAUGUGUGUACGGCUACUUUAGUCCAUGCAGCACACGUUAGCGGCAUCUACAAAACAAUAGCGUCACCCAGGGCUAAAGCAACGCCUUGUGUCAGGUCUACGUAGCUAACUUGAAACCCAGUUAGCCGUGGUGCUCCGCAGCUAAAACCGCCAUCAUAUUGGGUUGCUUUGUAGUCACACAGCAGCAGGCUAUCCGCAGAAGGCAACGCAGAGGAAAUGAAGGACAAACAAAAGAGAAAGAAGGAGCGGACUUGGGCUGAGGCGGCUCGCAUGGUUCUGGAGAACUUCUCUGAUGCACCCAUGACUCCCAAACAGAUUCUCCAUGUGAUCCAGACCAAAGGGCUGAAGGAAAUGCGUGGCACAGCUCCCCUGGCCUGCCUGGUCACCAUGCUUCACUCCCAAGUGAGGGGGGACCGAGUCAAGAACAGCAUCUUCUUCAAGCUCCCCGGACGAAUGAGCCUUUUCACUCUCAAGAAGAACGCCCUCCAGUGGACAAAGGCCACCUCAGAGUCAGAGGCUCCAUCAGAAACGGCCGGUGUGGCCACCCUUCCAUCCUCCAGCGCCGGCGGCCAGGUGGCCGAGUCGGGCGUGGCCCCCGUGGACUCCAACGAGACCAACGAGCAGGAGAGCUGCGACUCCACAGAGACCAUCGUCACAGCCAUCGUAGACAACGACGCAUCAGUGGAUGAGAGCUCCUCCAGUGCCUCCACUGAGCCGCAGACUCCCAGCACCCAGCCUCAGACCCGCCUCAGCAGGGCGUCGGGCCAGCAGGGCCGCACGGACACACAGCCAGCCCCGCACACCCAGACCAGGCUGAGCCGCUCCAGACAGUCAGGAAGACAGAGGAAGAAAGCCGUCAUGAUGCCUCGCGUCGUCCUAACUCCGCUCAAAGUCAACGGAGAACAUGUCCCCUCAGGGCCCAUGAAGAGGAGUCGAGGGGGGGUGGAUGUGGACUUUGAGACGCCCGGCUCCAUUCUGGUCAACACCAACAUCCGAGCUCUGAUCAACGUGCGGACGUUCUCGGCCUUCCCGUCCCACUCGCAGCAGCAGCUGCUGCAGCUGCUGCCAGAGGUGGACCGGCAGGUUGGACCCGAUGGCAUGGCUAGGCUCAGCAGUUCGGCCCUAAACAAUGAAUUCUUCACCCACGCCUCCCAGAGCUGGAAAGAGAGGCUAGCCGAAGGCGAGUUCACCCACGAGAUGCAGGUGCGAUUCCGACAGGAAAUGGAAAAGGAGAAGAAAGUAGAGGCAUGGAAGGAGAAGUUCUUUGAGGAGUACCAUGGUCAAAAGUCUGGCCUGACCCGGGAGGAGUCCCUGAAGCUGACCAUGAGCGAGGCCGCAGAGGUGGCGGGCAGCGUGCUGGAGGGCGACGUGGCGGUGGUGUCCGGCGGCGCCCCCAAGAGGCGCAGCGUGGGCCGGCGGCGCCGGGACGGCCGGAUGAGGAGACGCACGCGGGCCGACCUGCGGCGCCGCGCCCGCCGCACCCUCUGCAAGCCGGCGGCCGCCCUGCCGCCCGCCGAGGCCCCGGAGCCCCCCGCCGCCGACUCCCCCCUCUGCAAAGAAACGGUGGUUCACGGGGAGGUGGUGCUCCAGGCGGACUGCGGCUUCGAGCUCCCCGCCGAGGGCGAGCCCAAAGCCUCCCCCGCCAAAGAGCCGGUCCCCACGCCGGCCCCCACCCCCGCCCCAAGCCCCGCCCCCAGCCCCAGCCCCGCCCCCAGCCCCAGCCCCAGCCCCGCCCCCAGUCCCAGCCCCAGCCCGGCCUCCACCAGCGCCAACGAGGAGGCGGAGAUGGCUGCCCACCUGCUGCCCAAGGAGCCGGAGCCCGCGCUGGCCUCCACCACCUCCCCGUCCUCCUCCUCCUCCUCCACCUCCUCCUCCUCCUCCGCCUCCUCCCCCGCGUCCUCCCCCUCCUCCCCGGACAGAAGGGGGGCUUUCGGCGCCGGCCUGGACUCCUCCUCCUCCUCCUCGGCCUCGUCCAGCGCCACCAUCCCCGCGGACCCGCUGGACGACACCGCCUCGGUGGUCACCUCCAUCACGGGCGGGACGGCCACCAGCAGCCGGGAGAGCAGUCCCUCCGCCAGCCCCGCCCCCAGCGGCCAGCUCAAGGAGCAGAAGAGGAGGCCGGAGCAGGCCCAGGCGCUCUCCAGCUUUCCCGAGAAACGGCCGCGACUUGACGACCGUCAGUCCUUUCGUACCACAAUCGACAGCGUGUGCGCAGAGAAGCCGCAGCCGACAACCGAAGAACCCAAGGUGCCACCUAUCCGGAUUCAACUAUCAAGAAUCAAACCUCCCUGGGUCAAAGGGCACCCCACCUACCAGAUCUGCCCCCGCAUCGUGCCCCCCGGCGAGGGCUCGCGGCGGACGGGGACGGGGGGCGCCCGGACCCUGGCAGACAUCAAAGCCCGGGCCCAACAGGCCCGGGCCCAGCGCGAGGCCGCUGCUGCUGUUGCGGCCUCUGGCGACGGCCCACCGCCGGCCGGUGUCCGGCUGCGGCCUGCUGCUGGGCUACCGGAUAGCAGCAGCGGACGACGAGCGCGAGAGCACCCGGGACCCGUCGAGCCCGGAGGAGGAGGAGGAGGAGGAGGAGGAGGAGGAGGAGGAGGUGGAAGAAGGGGAGGUGGUGGACUGGAGGAGAAGGGAUCGUCUCCAGACGCUGAUCCGCCUGGAGCACAAUUACAGCUUCUCGCCGUAGAGCCCGCCGCCCUGGCCUCUCCGGCGCCGUCCCUGGAGUCCCCGCGGGCCAGUCCCCCCCCCGACGGGCCGAAGCUGGACGGGGAGGCGGAGGACCCCCCCGCGCCUGUGCAGAGCUCCUCUUCCUCUGGCGGGGGCGGGGCCACAGACGGGGCCCGUUCCCCCCCUCCGGGCCACGGCUCCACGCCGGACCCGGGGGGAGCCCACAGCUCCAGCGAGAGCAGAACAAAGUCGGGAGUGCAGUAG